AUGGAUUCCAAGUCAGGAGCUCCAAGCCCUAUUGAAUCGGUAUCGGGCAUAGAACAGCCUGCUCGGGAUUCUCCUAUGGAAUGGUCAUGGCUUCGCAAACACACCAUUUUAGUGCAAGCCGCUUUCCAUGCUGCUGGGCCAGGGCUCACCAGCUCCCUGCUGAUCCCAGCUACCGAGCAGCUGGCAGAGCAGACCAUUUCUGUGCAACCCGCUUCUGGGCACAUAUGGCCGCCGACCAGUUUUCCUCGCGAGCAUGCUGCUAUCUUGUGUUGCCGCUCUGGAGGCGGAUUCGCACACGGAUACGGCACCCUGAUGACAGCGCGCAUAUUUCAGUCCAUCGGCAUCUCGACCGGGUUUGUUAUACCGGGCAUCAUCGUCGUAGACCUCUUCAGAACAGAGGAGCGAGGGAGCAAGAACGGCGUUUGGGCGCAGAUGGUAUCGAUGGGAGCCCCCUUGGGCGGUUUGAUAGGCGGGCCCAUCGUUAGUUACCUAGGCUGGCAAUGGGUUAUGUGGAUCAUUUCUAUCAUCUGCGGCGCCCAGUUGUUAGCAUUCAUCUUGACAUGCCCAGAGACAUCGUACCUGCAUCGCCAGCAGUCGGGAUUUGGCGCAUACCGCGCUUCGGAGCUGUUUCGCCUCCAAAAGCGCAUCCCCGGCCGGCUUGGAUGCGUUACCUUUGCCAUUACCUCUCCCGGCAUCGCCACCAUUUUGCCCAUCGCCUUGGGUAAGUUCUACGAAUUCAACUCCAUUGCACAAGGCCUCUUUUUCCUCGGGCCCUUGGUGGGCAUCUUACUAGCCGAGAGACUUGCCGGCCCUGGAAGCGACUGGGCCAUGGGCAGGGAACGUCGCCAGGCGGCCAACGAGGGCCGCCAGGAACGGCCCGAGUUUCGCCUCUGGGUUGGCCUGCCCGGCUAUGCGAUGUCGAUCGUUGGCGUGAUCAUUUUUGGCGUCACGCUGCAGGCACGCGUUCACUGGAUUGCGCCUUGUAUUGGGUUCGGCAUUUCCAACUUUGGGCUGCAGCUGGUGACGACGCCUCUCAAGACGUACUGUGUUGAUUGCUAUGCCUCGCACUCGGGAUCAGUGUUGCAGAUGAUCAACGCCGUUCGCCAGAUCAUUUCCUUUACUGUGCCAUUCUGGAGUCCUAUCUUGAAUGAAAGUCUUGGGUAUGGAUCAGGCUUCGGUAUUGAAGCCGCCAUAUUAGCUGCCUUUUAUAUCUUGAGUUUGCUAGUUUUGUGGCGGGGAGCCUCGUGGAGACAGUCGGUGCGGAUAAGGGGGUUGAUAAAAACAGGAGAAGAGCUCUUAGAGCCCUAA